CCUGAUUUCUACUCCCAGGUGCCCGGGGGACCCCCGGGCUGGGGGUGCCGGUGGGGCCGGGCUGUCCCCCCCGCCACCCGGCAGAGCUCUCCUCCCUCUGCCCGCCCUGUGCCAUCAACAGGGGACAGGGACAGGGACAGGGACAGGGACAGGGACAGGGACAGGGGACAGGGACAGGGACAGGGACAGCGGCAGAGCGGGCUGCGCUGGCCCGGGGCGCUUUUCCCACCGGGAAACAUCCCGGGAGCCCCGCGCGGGGUGAGCGCUGCGGCAGCGCGGGGCUGGGGUCCCGGGGGUCCCGGGGGGCUGGGGGCAGUGCCGGGAGCCGGGUGCUCCGGGGGGCGAGCGGCAGAUCCGGUAUUUAGGGCACGGCUGCGCGAGGCGUGGGAGGCCGGGAAGCGGCUCCCGUGCGGCACCGGCGGCACCGGCCGCUAUUUCUGGUGCUCGCUCCCCCGAGGGAACGGCAGGAAUGUCACCGUGUCCCCCCGGGGCUCUGCCCGGGGUGCAGGUACCGGGACCUCUGUCCCCUCUUUGCCCGGUGGUGGCAUGGCAUGGCAUGGCCGGGGUCCCCUUGUCACCCCCGGGGCAGCGCGGGGUUGGAGCCGCUGCUGGUGGCAGCUGCUGGGACUGUCACCCGGUGCCACCGGGACGGGCUGAGCUCCCCCGGACCCCGCCCUGACCCACCCGGGCUGGCUGGGCCACCCCCGCUGGUGUCCCCUGGCUGGGCCGGCCCUGCCCCGCUGUCACCGCUGUGUCCCCGCAGGCAGGACAUGGACUCCAUGUUCGAGGACGACAUCAGCAUCCUGACGCAGGAGGGGCUGGGGCCGGACGAGGACUGGCUGGACAGCCCCAACACCGACCUGUCGGGCGAGAUGUGCUCGGCCUCGCACUUCGCCCUCAUCACCGCCUACGACGACAUCAAGAACCGGCUCACGGGGCUGGAGAGGGAGAACUCCACGCUCAAGCGCCGCCUCAAGAUGUACGAGGUCAAGUACCCCCUGAUCGGCGAGUUCGGCGAGGAGCACAUCUUCUCCCUCUACGAGGCCAAGGAGAACUCGCUGCUCAAGAGCGAGAAGGCGUCGCUGCAGCAGCAGCUCAACCAGUUCCAGCACGAGCUGCAGAAGAGCAAAGAGCGGGAGGAGCAGCUGGAGGAGAUGAUCCAGGCCUACGAGAAGCUGUGCGUGGAGAAGGCGGACCUGGAGACCGAGCUGGGAGAGAUGCGGGCGCUGGUGGAGACGCACCUGAGCCGCAUCCGGAGCCUGGAGCAGCAGCUGCGGCAGCGCGACGGCGGCGCCUUCCCGGGGCUGGGCGGCCAGGACGUGCCUUUCAUGGCCCUGCACCCCAACCCCGGCCUGAGCCACGUGCUGGAGCGCGCCGGGGGCUGGCAGAGCCGCGGGCUGGAGGCCGAGCUGGAGGCGGCGCGGCAGGAGAACCAGCGCGCCCAGCACCGCGAGGAGCACCUCAAGGCCGAGUGCGAGCGGCUGCAGGCCGAGCUCAAGCACCUGCAGGACACCCGCGAGCAGUCGGAGCGGGACAUGGCCUGGGUGAAGAAGGUGGGCGACGACCAGGUGAACCUGGCGCUGGCCUACACGGAGCUGACGGAGGAGCUGUGCCGCCUGCGCAACCUCAGCUCGCUGCAGAGCCAGAUCCUGCGGGCGCUGCUGCAGGACAAGAGCCUCAGCGGGGGCCAGCGCCACUCGCCGCUGUCGCAGUGCCACUCCCCGGCCCAGCAGCGCCGUUCGCCCGCCCCGCAGUGCCCCUCGCCCGUCCCCCCGGGCCGCUCCCAGUGCCAAUCCCCGGCCCUGCAGCGCCGCUCGCCGGGACCCCCGAGCCAGUCCCCGGCCCAGCAGCGCCGCUCGCCGGCCCCCGGCCCUUGCCAGUCGCCGGCCCAGCAGCGCCGCUCCCCGGUGCCACCUCCGAGCCAGUCGCCGGCCCAGCAGCGCCGCUCGCCGGUGCCACCGCCCUGCCCCUCGCCCGGCUCGGCGUCCCCGCACCGCCUGCCCGGCGACAGGACGGAGCUGGCCUACGCCAAGCCCUCGAGCCGCCACAUCAAGGCCGGCUUCCAGGGCCGCCGCAGCUACUCGGAGGUGACCAACGUGGCGCUGUACCAGCAGAGCCGCUCGCUCUGGCUGCAGCCCGAGGCCUCCACGCUGCCCAAGCCCCGGCCCUACGGCGAGCUGUACCUGGGGGGCGCGGGGGCGCCGCUGAGCGCCCGCGAGCCCUUCGAGGAGCACGUCCGCUUCGAGAAGCAGUCGUCGGACGAGGAGGAGUGGGCGCUGCCCAGCCCGCCCAGCCCCGAGGCCGGGGCCAUCCGCUGCGCCUCCUUCUGCGCCGGCUUCCCCGUGCCCGACCCCGACGCCGCGCACCGGACGGCGGCCGCCUACGCCCGCGCCGAGCACGCCCAGUCCUGGCCUUCCAUCAACCUGCUGCUGGAGACGGUGGACUCGGAGGUGCGGAGCUGCCCGCUGUGCCAGCUGGCCUUCCCCAUCGGGUACCCGGACGAUGCCCUGGUCAAACACAUCGACUCGCACCUGGAGAACAGCAAGAUCUGAGCCCGGGCCCCCUCCCCACCUUUGGAUGCUGCAUGGAAACACGCCGGGAGCGCCCGGCUCCCGAAAUACCUCCAAGUCUUCAGUAGCUACGGAAAGACUGAGCCCCCCGCCCUCACCCGGAGCCCCCGGAGC